GUCAAGGUUCGAAACUCUUCUUGCCUCCCCCCCUCUCUCUCUCUCUCUCUGCGACUGUGAGCUCCUCUAAAACCCUAACGAGCUUUCCCCCCCCGCGAAGAAGCUCGAGAUCGUUUCCCGCUCUCUCCCUCCACCCUCGCCGGAGUUCGCCGCCCUCGAGCCCGCCGGCGAUCAUGUACGGCGGCGAUGAAGUGUCGGCGAUAGUCAUCGACCUGGGCUCGCACACCUGCAAGGCCGGUUACGCCGGCGAAGAUGCUCCCAAGGCCGUUUUUCCCUCUGUUGUGGGUUCAAUUGAUCAAAUGGAAGUCGACGAUGCUGCAAAUACCGAUACAAACUCUGGAGCAGCCAUGGAGGCUAAGGGCAAUGUCAAAACUCCUGAUUCUGAUAAAAAUAAGGGAAAACGGAAAUUGUAUGUGGGAUCUCAAGCUUUAGGAUACCGCAGGGAUCACAUGGAGGUCAUAUCGCCUUUCAAGGAUGGAAUUGUCGCGGAUUGGGAAAUUGUUGACAAUAUAUGGGACCAUGCUUUCAGGGAAUGUCUUCUAAUUGAUCCGACAGAGCAUCCAAUGCUUCUUGCAGAACCAUCUUCCAACCCUCAGCAACAACGAGAAAGGGCAGCUGAGCUUAUGUUUGAAAAGUAUAAAGUUCCUGCCUUGUUUUUGGCCAAGAAUGCUGUCCUCACUUCUUUUGCAUCUGGGCGUGCCACUUCCUUAGUAGUUGAUUGUGGUGGAGGAUCAACUACAGUAGCUCCAGUACAUGAUGGUUAUGUUCUUCAAAAGGCUGUGGCGACUUCACCUAUUGGAGGAGAUUUUCUAACUGAUUGCUUGCUGAAGAGCUUGGAAAGCAAAGGUGUCAAGAUAAAACCUAGAUAUUCGUUUAAAAGAAAGGAAGUACGUCCGGGAGAGUUUCAGCCAUUUGAUAUUGAUUUUCCAAGCACAACAGAAAGCUACAGACUAUAUUCCCAGAGGGUAAUUGCUAGUGAUAUCAAGGAUUCUGUAUGCCGUGCUCCAGAUAGUCCCUAUGAUGAAAGUGCAUAUGCAAAUAUUCCAAUGACCCCAUAUGAGCUACCUGAUGGCCAGACAAUUGAAAUUGGGGCUGACAGAUUUAAGAUUCCUGAUGUUCUGUUCAAUCCAUCCCUAGCUCAGACAAUUCCCGGCAUGGAGAGUUUCUCAGAGUUUGCUACUUCUGUUCGUGGAUUAUCCCAGAUGGUUAUUGAGAGUAUUAACAAGUGUGACGUUGACAUCCGAAGAGAACUUUUUAGUAGUAUUCUGCUUGCGGGUGGCACUGCAUCGAUGCAGCAGUUGAAGGAACGUCUUGAGAAAGACUUGCUAGAGGAAUCCCCUCAAGCUGCCAGAGUAAAAGUAUUGGCCAGUGGGAAUACAACUGAAAGAAGAUUCAGUGUUUGGAUAGGAGGAAGUAUAUUGGCAUCUCUUGGAUCAUUUCAGCAGAUGUGGUUCUCAAAGACUGAGUACGAGGAACACGGCGCUUCAUAUGUUCAGAGAAAAUGCCCGUGAUUUGACGCCACUCCUGGUGCUUCUACAAUGUCUAGUGUCGAUUAUCAGUAUGAUCUCCUGAAUUCCUCGUCGGAGUGGAACAAAGAUGCUUGUCAGACUGAAUCCAACUAGGGUUAUGUUGGGGGUACUCAGAUUGGAAGUCGCAUUGUGGCCAAUUUGAUAGGUUUGGAAUUAAUCCGUCAUAGCGUCUCGUCUAUAGCUCGAAAUGGCUAGGUUGUGGGGACUAAUCUCAUCUUUGCUCUUAUGGCUCAAUUGAGGGUACACUUGAGUAUUGGAAUCCCAAGUUGCAGUUGCUAUGUACUUUGUAGGAAAUUCAGCAGAGACUUCAACUAA